CCUGCAACCAGACUGCAGAUUUUCUCGUAAGGUUCGUUUGAUGAAUUUUGCAGGUUCUUUUGAUGAAGCAUAUAAGAAUGUGGUCGCCAAAGAAAGGGGUCAUGAGUGUGACCUUCGCAUUAUGUUUCAUCCUUGCUGUGUGCUCUGUGCUGGAGCUUUCUAGUUCAUCAGAAAAGAUUGGCGACAUUGGCAUUAAAAAGCUGUUUUUGUCCAAGGAAAACAGCACUGGCUUUGUAAGGAAGCUACUGGCAUCUCCUGAUGAGGGCGGUGCAAUGAAUAGAAUCGGAGGAACAUGUUCAAAGGACAACAUAGUCAUCUUCCAAGGCCCUACUACACCACUUCCCAGUGGAAUUCCAACCUACACGGUUCAGAUACUGAAUGUUUGUGUAGCAGGUUGUAGCAUCUCCAACAUCCAUGUUCGCUGCGGAUGGUUCAGCUCUGCCCGGCUGAUAAACCCCAGACUGUUCAGGCGAAUCUUUUUUGAUGACUGCCUUGUCAACAAUGGGGAUGCUCUUGGUCCUGGAGAAAGCCUCUCUUUUCAGUAUGCCAACAGUUUCCGGUACCCUCUCUCAGUUCUAUCUGUUUCCUGCUUCUGACGACCUACUGCAGGUCAUGGUACUUGUUAUCUUGUCUAUGAUAAGUAUAUAAUAAUAACAGUGAUUAUAAUAACAAUGGUCUACAUAUAAUAACAGUGUAAUGAUCUUUUGAUGUGGUCAA